AUGUCUAAUUAUCCACCGACACCGUCAUUUGUGGGACCAAAUUAUACACCUCAGUGGCCUCCAUCAGAUCCGUCUUCCUCUACCGCUAUGCCAUCCUUGUUUCCUCCUAAUCUUGGCUUUGGCCAAAACCCAUCGCCCAUCCCUCAACACGCGCAGGAUGGUACUACCCGUGCGUUUGAUUAUAACCCCGACAGCUACAACGCAAACACACGUCUACCGGGAUUAGGGGUCCCGAGCGCCGCUGGUCCCUUAGUACCGCCGCCUCCAUUCACUUUCAUGCCGCCUUUCCCUUCAACUCAGUUUCCUCACCCUCCCUUUCCACCAUUACAGAUGCCACCGCUACGAUACCCCUCGAUUCCUGUACCUCCGGUUCACGGUUAUGAACCAGUUCGUCAUGCAACUAGCGACUACCACAUGAAUAACUCUAUCCCUACUCCGCCGGGUCCUCAGCCUGCUGCUGCUGCUGUCAACUCCGAGUCUGAUCCCGACCGAGAGGAAGGUGAACUCACAGAUCGUGAAGAAUCUUCGUCGACGCAGCCAAGACCACAUAAAGCGAACUUGGGACAGCAGUCAGGACAUAGCUUCGAUACUCAGAUGGCUCGAGCUAUGGACGGUAACAACGAUUCCAUGGAAAGCGAUCGGACAAUGAAACCGAAUGGAACUGGUACUCAUGGCAGACAUAACUCUCACUUGUCAGCGAUGGCCACCGAAGGCUCAGCGCCAGGCUACCCAGAGCUGGAAAGAGGCGGGGCUUCACCAGAAACUCGCCUAUCGUCCCGAAGCAGUGGAUCACCCUAUAAUCCUGCUCCUCCCAGCUCUACUGAACCCCCGGUUCCGGACACCGCACCGGGACCAGAAUUGCCAGCUCCUUCAAUCUCACAAUAUGAAGCGGCCCCCGAUAAAGGAAUGAGCAGCACAGCUUCAACUGAACCACAGUCAAUACCCAGCGGCGGUAGGUCAUUGGCACAGCUUCGCGUCCAGGCGCAGGGGGCACUUCUGAGCUUGGCGCCUCACAACAUUCGAUAUGCCGAGUUUGUCGGGGAAGGAAUCAACCCGGUUAUCCUUCGUCAACUCUAUGAAGAAGUUGGAAUAAAGAUCGCCACUCCCGUACAGGACGUCUCAACACCUUCCGCAUCCAGUGCAACUUCCUUGGAAUCCGACCGUUCGUCGACUAGCCAGUCUGGGGAGCCAGAGCAAGGAAGCCACUCGAUCAUUAAGUUAGUCGCAGAUCAAAGUUCGGCAUCGCAAUCUAAAGCUUCAGAUUUGCCAUCGGAUACUACGAAACCCAUGGAGCGAAAAGAGGUUAUUGCUCGUAUGCUUGCCGCAAAGGCUGCAAAGGGUGCUGGGGCGCCUGGACUGGUUCAAACGCCGGCGGCCAAGGAAAGUAGUGCGUCCGAAGAUUCGGCUCUGCCGGAUGCUGACAAGAAUGCGAUGAUCCCCUCUCAGGACGGCCAAAUAAAGGAAAAGGAGACUCGUGUUAAGGAGAAGAACAAGGCCCAGACUGAACUGGCUAGGCAGCGGAUUGAGCUGCUCAAGAAGCAGGGCUUAAUGAGGAACGGUCAAAAAUCGCAGUCGGAUUCCGUGCCUCCAGAGAAACCUCAACAAUUGAUCAAUUCCGGUACUGAAUUAUCUUCAACUUCGACACCGAUGCCAAUACAACAUCCAUUGCCAGAACGUCCUCCCGAUCCUGAGCCUAAUGUUUCAGCCCGUAUACCUGGUCUCUUCAUGACGGAACAAGAGCCCGAAACUGUACAAACUCCUUCAAUUUCCGCUAUUCAGGGUGCUACUGAUGCGGUGUCACAAACCCGUCUUAAUCAGCGCAAACGCCCUCGAGCAUCUGAUUUCGACGAACCGGUUCCGAUUCCUAAAAAGACGUUCAACAAUGGUGCUAGUCAUGCCUAUCCUGAGACCCAGAGGCUCAUUAUUGAUAUUAGCGAUGAUGACGAGUUCUACGGUGAUGACGAGCAUGACAACAUGGAUUUAGACCCGCCAGCCGGAAAGGACGUGCAUGAUGUGGAGGGCUUGCUGCGGACAUACACCCCAUCUGUUGACAUCCUCCCUCAACGGCCGGCAACUGCCUCUAGUCUGGGGUUUUCUAACUCGGCUACACCACAGAGCCUGAGGAACAAUGAUCAGGAGCAUCAGGAGCAUCUUCGAAAGAAAGAUCUGGAGAUCAAAGCCAUGCACAAGCGAAUCGCGGAACUAGAAGAGCGGAAGAAAGCAAAGCUGGCGGCCAGCCGUACACAAUCACCUCGACCAUCAGACGCGCCGGAACCUUCACCUCCUGCGAACAAAAUUUCUGACGACGUGAGUAAAGCAUCGAACCUCACUGCGGAAGCUGAGCCGGAGAACAAGUCUCCUGCCAACUUGGAUCUUACCCAAGUGGAGAGUCUCAAAGUCAAACUGCUGCGCAAACAGGAAAUCGAAAUUGGUAUUCCUGCGCUAGAUGCCGAGAUACACAAGUCCGAGGCGAAACUAGCUGAGGUCCACGAGGAAGAAAGCAGGCUAGUGUCCGAAAUCACAAAAGGGCGGGAAGGCCGGCAGCAGCUCUUGGAUGAGUUGAACAAUCUGAAGCUUGAGCUUAAUGGGUUGACCUUGGAUGAUGUGGAGGCUGCGAUACGCCGCGCACAGGAUAAGGAAGACAAGGAAGCCAAGGAACCUACGCCUGAGGUUGAAGACCAACCAAAAUCCCCCGAGAACGAGUAUGCAACUUCUGAGCCCACGCACGCCGGCUUGCCCAUCGACAAAGAAAUGGAAGAUGAGGAGCCGCUCCGUCAAUCCGUCGUAUCUGAAGAAGUUCCUGAACCUGAUUCCGGCAACGGGUCCAGCAUCGUGCCUGACCCCAAGGUGAUGGACGACGUUAGCGAGUCUUCUGGAGAGGUAUCCAGUUCUGAUUCUAUGGGUUCGGCAAUGGAUGAGUCUAGCGACAGCUCUAGUGAUGAGUCUGCCGACGAAGAGAUGCUUCCAGCUCAUACACCCGCUCCGGAGACGAACACCCCUGGGGAGUCAGGCGGACCCGCUGAAGAUGGGCAACCGGAGCCAAUUGAGGCAGCGGCAGGUCUUCAGCAUGAUCUUCCCGAGCGCCCGCGAACCCUAGAUGCGGAGCCACAGGCGGAGCUACAACCUGAGUCAACUGCCGAUGAGCAAGUCGCCGAGAACCUAGGCCAGGCCUCUCGUGAAUCUUCCGUCUCAGAUGCGUACGAGCCUCCUGAGCCAGAAGAAACAGCUAGCCCUGCUGAUUCCAGCUAUUCCCCACCGUUCAGCCCUGCAUCUCCCGAUCCUGUUGACCCCCUUGAGGUCUCCACGGCAGAUGAGACGAGACAGGCUGACGAGCCACUAACGAGAAAGGUCCAGGAAUGGGAUACCCAACAACCAAGUGCUUAUGCUCAGGUUGGCAUUCUGGAUGUGCGGUGCACCUCAAUUCCGCCUAAGGUGUGA